UCCACAUUGUUGUUAUCGUGUUCUCACUUAUUUGUACCAGCAUAAUUCAGCAGCUCAUUGCAGCGAGGCAGCACUGAGCUCUUCUGAUUUCUGAUUCUCUCACUUGGGUUUUAAUCAGAUUCAAGAACCUUGAUUUGCUUCUUCAAGUUUGAUAUUUUCAGGAUAAUUACACCAAGUUCAUCCAAACUACGUAGGGGAUUCAAACCUGGAUACAAAGGGUGGGUAGAGCACACCGCUCCAGCCAAUUUGGCUACACUCAGGUUCGCUUUGGCUAAUUUGUUGGGUUCUUUUGUAUUGGUGUUGUGAUGAAAUCAUGAAAAAGAUGGGAGAGGAGUUUUUAUCAAUUUCAUAUUAUAAUCUGAGCCUUUGUCACUUGUGAGAAGCUGUUUCCUUACUGUAAUCCGACUUUUCCACUUGCAAGUUGCAGCUUUUGGUUUUAUAAUCUCAGUUUUCCAAAUUUCUGCUUUUAAGACCCUCAGCUUUGUUCCCAAAGAUCCCAUAUUUUUUUUUUUACUUAAGUCCUAGUUUUGAUGGCUGGUGGGAGUGGGACUAUCAGAUUGUUCAUAGGGGUUUCUUCGAUUUUGUUUUCGAUUUGUGUUUCAUUGGGGUUUAAUCCUGAAGAUAGUUAUCUGAUAAACUGUGGAUCUUCAAGCAAUGUAACAGUUGGUGGUCGUGUAUUUGUAUCUGAUAAGUCUGCAUCAAAUCUCCUUUCAGCUCCUCAAACUAUUUCAGCCAAUGCAAUUUCAAAAUCCAACUCUUCCUCCUUUGAUUCAGUUUUGUACCAAAGUGCACGAAUAUUUGACAAAACCUCCCUUUACACAUUUCCGAUUACAAAACAAGGGCGGCACUGGAUUCGCCUCUAUUUCUCUCCUUUUGUUCAUGGGAGCUACAAUUCGAGCACAUCGAAAUUCUCUGUCUCUGCUCAAACUUUCACCCUUGUCAAGGAGUUACGAAUGGAGAGCGAUUCCUUUGUUAUGGAAUACUCUUUGAACGUAACUUCUGAAACUCUUGUUCUCACUUUUACUCCUGCCUCCAACUCAUUUGCUUUUGUAAAUGCCUUAGAAGUUGUUUCGAUACCGGAUACGAUCAUCCCUGAGGCUGCUAGAACCAUUGGUUCAAAGGAAAAUAACCAAAGUUUGACGAACAAAGCAUUAGAGACAGUUUUGAGGGUGAACAUGGGUAAUCAAACAGUGUCUCCCCCCAAUGAUACCUUGUGGAGACAUUGGGUUUCUGAUGAUUUGUACUUGACGCACAACGGUCUUCCAAGAUUUGUGUCAAAUGAAAGCGCUGUCCAUUACACGCGCUGGCUAACAGAGGAUGUUGCUCCUUCUUCUGUCUACGGCACGGCAACUAAGUUGGAAACGAUGAAAGAACCUAUGUUGAAUGCCAAUCUGACAUGGCAUUUCGAUGUUGAUCCUGGUUUUGAGUAUCUGGUUCGGUUUCACUUCUGUGACAUAGUCAGUAACAAUGCUCAAAGUUUCAUCCUCAAAGUUUAUAUCAAUUCGUUGUCUGUUUCUGAUAGUCUUGAUCUUAGAAGUCUGACAUCGAAUAUCUAUGGCACCCCAUAUUAUAUGGAUGUCGUGAUUAGGGCAAGUGAUAGCGAGAAGCUAAACGUUAGUGUUGGUUCUAGGCCAGAAAUUGUGUAUCCUAUCAUCUUUCUCAACGGGCUGGAGAUCAUGAAAGUAAGUAAUUCUAAGAGCAGCCUUGAUGUCUUGGAUUCUUCUUCAAAAACAGGCUCUAAGAUGAAAGUUGCUAUUGUAGUUGGCUUGGCUGUUGGACUAUUUACUGCCAUCGUGGUGGCUGCAGUCUUGUUCUUGCUGUGCAGAAGAAGAAGAAUACUAGCGCACGCCAUCCAUUCGAAUGCAGAAGAUGGAGUGUUGAAUGAAACGGAAAGUAAAAUCACCGACAGUACAGCGAUGUUUUCUGUUUCAAAAAUUGGGUAUCGCUUCCCUUUUGUGGCAAUUCGAGAGGCUACAGAUAAUUUCAGCGAGAACCUGGUUAUUGGAGUUGGUGGUUUUGGGAAGGUUUACAAAGGAGUUUUGAAGGACAAUACAAAAGUGGCAGUCAAGAGAGGAGCUCCUCAAUCAAGGCAGGGUCUUGCCGAAUUCAUGACAGAAAUUGAAAUGUUAUCUCAGUUCCGCCACCGUCAUUUGGUGUCAUUAAUUGGAUACUGUGACGAGCACAAUGAGAUGAUCAUUAUUUAUGAGUACAUGGGAAAUGGGAGCCUGAAGGACUACCUUUACGGUUCGGACUUUCCGAGCUUGAGUUGGAGGCAAAGGCUUGGAAUAUGUGUUGGAGCUGCCAAAGGACUUCACUAUCUUCAUACUGGCUCUACAAAGGCGAUCAUUCACCGUGAUGUUAAGACUGCAAAUAUACUGCUAGAUGAGAAUCUUAUGGCAAAGGUUGCUGAUUUCGGGCUCUCAAAAACCGGCCCUGAGAUUGAUCAGACGCAUGUCAGUACUGCGGUAAAAGGAAGCUUCGGGUAUCUUGAUCCAGAGUACUUAACAAGGCAACAGCUGACGGAGAAAUCAGAUGUGUACUCAUUCGGAGUUGUGAUGUUUGAAGUCCUUUGUGGAAGACCUGUUAUUGAUCCCUCUCUCCCGAGGGAAAGCGUGAAUCUGGUUGAAUGGGCAAUGAAGUCGCAUAAUAAAGGGCAGUUGGAGGAGAUUGUAGAUCCUUGCCUUGCAGGUCAAGUGAAGCCGGAGUCAUUGAGGAAGUUUGGAGAAAUAAUUGCAAAAUGCUUGGCGGAACAUGGUGUUGAUCGACCUACGGUGGGAGAUGUGCUAUGGAACCUGGAAUCUGUGCUUCAACUCGAAGGAAGUGAAGGAAGUAACGGCAGGCUAUCUUCGCAAGCUGAUCACGUCAACCCCCUGGAGACCAGUGUAUCUAUUGCAGAAUUUAGCAUGGGAAGUGCAGGGGACCUUGCUGGCUUCUCGAUGAGCAAGGUUUUCGCCCAAAUGGUGAAAGAGGACAUGAGGUAAACUGCUGAAGCUAAAGAAUUUCGGUUUUAUUUUUUCCUGUGUUUUUCUCAUGUAAUAUUUGGAUGGUGAAAAUCCUGAAUGAGUGAGUAAUAUACGGAACCAUGUGAGAUUCAAGUCAGUUCUCACAAGUCUAUAAAUAUACACUAUUUGUAAAACGUUUGAUGUUGUUUCUAAGGCUUCGAACUCUAGCAAUCAAGGUUUUUACGCUACACU